GUCGUAUUUUAGCUCUUACGGAAAGCUGCCAAACAAGCUUUUCUGUCUUCGGCAAUUGCUUCGGGAAAUACCGAAUAGAAAUCAAGAAGGUGAAAAUGCACUACGUUUCUUUUAUGGAAAGGUACGCUAGGUGAUCGUGUUAAAGAACUAAAAGAAGACAGAUUCACUUCGUUCAGAAGAGGAUAUACGUCGUCGAUUUGUGUGUGUUAAUUCGAUCAUGCUUGGCGUUACUUGGAUUGGAUUCAGCCCGUUGGUUGGGUCCUUACUGGCCAGUUUACUGGCCGUCUACUAUUUUGUGUGGAGUCGAUCGCGUUUUGUUCGUCUUAUCGAUGCACUUCCCGGACCUAAAACUUAUCCUUUUUUGGGAAAUAUUCUCGAACUGAACGUUGCUCACGAUGAAUUGCUGCGUAAAGCGUGCCAUGAUUGGAUUAAACAACAUGGUAGCAUGUAUCGAGUUUGGUUUACAGUACGUCCCAUGGUUGUAAUUGCUUCACCCGAAUUACUAGAACCUAUCCUAUCGAGCAAUACGUUGGUCGCCAAAGCCGACGAGUACGAUUGCUUUAUUCCUCUUCUGGGGAAAAGCUUGGCUGUAGCUAAACCUGAGGAAUGGAAGAAAAAUCGCCGUCUCCUUAAUCCAGCUUUUAAAGUUCAGACCCUCAACAGUUUCAUGUAUGCCUUCAACGACAAAAGCCUUCUAUGUGCUAAAGAGUUUGAAGAAGCUAUCAAAUCAAGUAACGGUAGCGAAAUUAAUGUUUUCCCAAUCAUGACACACUGCACCAUGGAUAUCAUCUGUGAAACCACCAUGGGAGGAAAGACGUUAACUGAUGAAGACAAAGAGAGUUACAUUAAGAACUUUCACGGUUUUGAGAACAUUUUCCAACAGCGUCUGAACCAACCGUGGCUUCGAUUGGAUUGGCUUUUCGAACUCAGUGGACCUGGUCGUGCAAACGCCAAAUUCGUAGGAGGACUUCGUGAUUUUAGCAACAUGUUAAUCACACAUCGCCGGGAAUUGGUAAAGCGGAAAACUAAAUUUGAACAAAAUCAAUUGUCUGAACGUGAUGUAAACCCAGCAGACGAACUUCAAGUGGAUGACGGAUUUGCAGAGAAAAACUUAAUCUUUAUGGAUCUCCUCCUGAAAGAAGGUGAUCUCAACGGUAAUUUUAAUCCUGUUGAGAUGAGAGAUGAAGUCAGUUCUAUGAUGGCUGGGGGCCAUGAUACAACAGCUCUAGCUUUCACCUGGUUCCUUUACUUGAUCUCCAGGAAUCCCGACAAACAGAAACUAAUCGUGGACGAGUUGAGCAACGUUUUUGGUGAUUCGGACCGACCGUGUACGACCCAAGAUUUAACUGAGCUCAAGUAUCUUGAAUGCUGCAUCAAAGAAACAAUGAGACUCUAUCCGAGCAUCCCUUUUAUGUUGAGGCGUCUGCCGGAAGAUGUCGAAAUUGGUGGAUAUUUUUUGCCGAAAGGCGUCACUAUUGGAAUGAUGGUUUAUGGUAUGCAUCACAACCCACAAGUUUACCCUGACCCAGAAGAAUUCAAGCCGGAACGCUUCUUUCCGGAAAACAGUGUCGGUCGUCAUCCAUAUGCUUUUAUUCCAUUUAGCGCUGGUCCCAGAAACUGUAUCGGACAAAAAUUCGCCAUGCUCGAACUUAAAGUGGUUUUAGCUUAUAUACUGCGUCGAUUCCAGUUUUCUCUCAGGGAUCCAACUGAACCCAUGAUCAUACCUCUCCUCGAAACUACGCUAAAGCCAAAAUCUCCAGUUAAUCUUAUUGUUACAAAGCGAUCACUUCAAGCAUAAAAUACUUAACUACUAGCUUACUAGGGUGGAUUCUCUGGAAUGCCGUCAUCAUUUAUAUUAUUAGUUUUCAAAUUUCAAAAAUAAUAUCUUACCAUUCUACAUGAUACCCUUUUGCCUUCUGCUCUUACCCUUGUUAAGGAAUUCAAAUAUAUUCAAAAGAAUAAA